UGGAAGGGCGAGUAGAGCUUCCUGCCUUUUGCUGGGUGCCAGCUUUUAAGGGGGAUUGAUGGGUCUUUAGUUGGCUCUGGGAGUGUGUUUUUUCCCCCAGCUUCCCCGGCUGUCCUCUUGGCCUGUGUGGGCCGUGGGAGCCAUGUGGGCCCUUGUGCUUUGCUGGAUUAGCGUUUGCUCCGCCUCCUUCCCAAAGGCACCUUCCUGCUGCAGUCAAGCACUUAAAAUGGUUCCCAAGCAGUCAUCAGUACAGUGCUGAGCCUGAGUUUUGUACCCCAGGACACUCAAGGCCAAAUAAUUAAACAGGGUGACUGAGGCAGUUAAUGUCACCCCUUCCUCCAGCCUGGAGUGAUUAUUAAUAAGCUUGAUGUGAUCUUACCGAAUGUGCGGCUCUGUUAUUUUUACAAGCUCCUUCUGGCUGGAAUCGAUGGCUUUCGGGUCGUGUUCUGCAGCAGAGGUGUUGCUUAGUAUGGUUCCGCUGACGUCGUAGGUUUCUUAAGGGUUCUUUGCGUGGCAUGACAAUGUGGGCAGUGCUUUUUCCCGCUUGGCACCAGGGGUCUUAUUUGUUCUUGUGACAUGGCAGAUCUCGCUAUUGACCAUGCCUCUGAAGAUGCGGCCCAGUGUCAUCACGGCCUUUACCGGACAGCCGGUCAAAAAAAUUGCAUUGGAGACUUCUCCGCCAAUGGUGGAAACCAAUAUCCUAACCCCCCCCUUUCAGGAGCCCAACUGAACGCACAGUUGGAGGGGUGGCUGUCGCAGGCACAGUCCACCCUGCGGCCAGCUCGGGCCGUCAUAGUGCCGCAUGCUGGAUACACCUACUGCGGGGCGUGCGCUGCGCAUGCCUACAAGCAGGUGGAUCCCACGGUCACCCGCAAGGUUUUCAUCUUGGGUCCCUCCCACCAUGUGCCCCUGUCCCGCUGCGCCCUGUCGCCCGCUGAGGUCUACAGAACGCCGCUGUAUGACCUGAGAAUCGACCAUAAGAUUUACGCUGAACUCUGGAAAACGGGAAUGUUCGAGAGGAUGACUCUGCCGACAGAUGAGGAAGAGCACAGCAUAGAGAUGCAGCUCCCAUUCACCGCCAAAGCCAUGGAAAGCCAUAAGGACGAGGUUUCCAUUGUCCCAGUGCUGGUCGGUGCCCUGAGCGAAUCCAAAGAACAGGAAUAUGGCAAACUUCUCAGUAAAUACCUGGCGGACCCAGCAAACCUGUUUGUGAUUUCGUCUGACUUCUGCCACUGGGGGCACCGAUUCCGUUACACAUAUUAUGACGAAACUCAGGGAGAAUUAUACAGAUCCAUCGAGCAUCUUGAUAAAAUGGGCAUGGGCAUUAUAGAGCAACUGGACCCUAUAUCUUUUAGUAACUAUUUAAAGAAGUACCACAACACCAUCUGUGGGCGUCACCCCAUCGGAGUGCUGCUAAACGCUGUGACUGAGCUGCGGAAGAAUGGCACAGAUAUGAGCUUCUCCUUCCUGAACUACGCACAAUCCAGCCAGUGCAGGAACUGGCAGGACAGCUCUGUCAGUUACGCGGCAGGGGCCUUGAUCGUCCACUGAGGGCGAGGGGGGGGGCCCUCUCUCUUCACUCCAUGUUGCCCUGUUACCCAACCUCAUCCCCUCCUUUAAAAAAAAAAAAAAAAAGAUUCCCCACUUUUCCAGGGAGUCCGUGUCCAGCAUGGGAAUUUUUAGCCAUUUGAGGCUUGUCUGAGGAAUUUGGACCCCCCCCUUGGAAUGAGCCUUGAUCCUGUUGGGUAAAUCUGCCACCAUAAUAUGCGUUAUGAUGCUAUAAAUUGUGUGCGCUGGAAUAUGUAUGUAUGUAUGUAUGUAUGUAUAUAUAUAUGUGUGUGUGUGUGUGUGUGUUUCUCUAUGGUGGAGCUGGAGUAGAGUGAUACAUGGGGGAGUCUUGUAGGAACAUGCCAGACAAAUUCAAAGGGGGGGCAAGUCAGCUUGUAUAUGUUUGCAUUCUGCAGAACUGUGCUUUUAAAAAUGGGUGAAAGAUUGUUUUGUGGUGAUGAUACAGGAUGUUCUUCAAAUGGGCUGGAUCUGGAAAGAAGAAAACAACAUUAUUUACUAUCAUUGUCCUUUUAAAAGCCAAGGAGAGCAGCGUACGUAGCCAAAAUUGUACCAUUUAGACUUAUUAUGGCUGUUCAGGAAUAAGCCCUAUAACGCUGUGCUGUAUAUUCCAUAUACCAAAAAAGAACAUUUUUUGACUUCUCUUUUUAGCCCAUUUUUAUUUUCAGUUCCUCACCAUUUUUCUUGUUUACAAUAAUUUUCUUAGACAUUUAGCUGUUAUUAGCAAUGUUAUCAGUCUUAGCCUCUUUAGUCUUCUUCCUUUUUCAUUUAUUUGUGGUGCCUGCCAUUAGUUCUCCGGAACUGCAGAGUGUGCUGGUGUUCACUAAGCAGGCACUUUGACAUACCAAGGCCAUCGUUUCAGGCUCAUGGGGGUUCUACUUGUACAAAAAUAUUCUGAGGGCAGAACAAAAAAUGAUUGGUUCAAAAAGAUAACCAAUCAGCUUGUAGAGGAGGUGGGUCCAAGCGACUAGAAGAGGGUCAACUAAUCAGAUGUCUUGGUCAGAUUAUAACAUUAAGUAAAACUCCCACAAGAUCAUUUUAUAUGUUAGAAUAGCGGUUCUUUUGGACCAGAGCAGGCACCACAAUUUUAGUUUUGUGUUAUGUAAUUGCGUGAAUUUAACCAAGAAGAUGUGGAGCGUUGUUGGUGCCAUGCACUGAGAUGAAGCUGUGAGUGCAAGGUUCACUGCAUGCUGGGUUUCCUCUAACCAAGUUCAUCCUCUGGAUCGAUCCCCUUGGAUGCCAGUGUUUGGUGACACUUUGUCCGUUCAGCUUUCUGUUGGUGGGCAGACGGCUUCCAUCAGAAUGAAGAAAAUCGAUUUGUGAAAUUUAAAAAAGGGUAGUGCGUUCGUGCCUUCAAUCACCGUUGUAUGUUCCACUGGUUUCCUCGUUGGUGGUGAACCGUUGACUGUAACUCCACCAAUCAUCGCACUCCUCUGCGACGUCUGACCAUCUACAGUAUGAGUCAUUUUUUAAAAUCCAGUAUGCUCUCUUGUCCAACGUUUUGAAGACUCAUCUGACCGGAGAGGGACUGUAUCAGCGACUUUGAUGCGGUGCAGGUUGGGAUUUCGCAUCGCACAUCCUGCAGGGGUCCCCCUUGUGCUUCUUUAUUUUUUAUUUGCUUUUUUUUUUUUUUUUUUGGCUAAACAACAUAGUCUGUGCUUGAAGUCAAGAACCUCCAGUUUGUUACCGUUGACAACAAACGUUUCCGAAGUGCUCCAAGGUGGAGUCUUAUUAACUCAGGUUCAGCUGAUUCAGCCUUUUUCUUUACCCUGCUGAUGUUCUAUACAGCUCACUACAAAAAGAAAAAUAGGGGGAAAAAAACAGUAAAACUCUGAAAAUACUU